GCGACACCCUGCGGUUACUCCGCCAUUUUUUUGCGCGUUUCAGAAACGCGUUUUUAUUUGUGGAAAAAAAUAUGUAAAAUGCUCUUGCGGCAAGCAGCGAACAGAUUUAGCAAAGCAGGAUAAACCCCACCGACGAUCCGCGACCAGGAGCAUCUCCAGUUUCCAGCGAGGGCCAGCGGGACAGUGCCAGCGAGAGAGCGUGCCUGAUGCAGACGCAUGUGUUACGCAGCAGCAGAGUUUAAUUAUCGCACCGCAAAACAAUAAUUGGCAUUGAAAGACUGGAUAUUGGAGAGUGAGAGUGAGCGAGCGAGGAGGAGUCAACCACCGGCAGCCAUGAGUUUUUCCAGCGACGAGGUGAACUUCCUGGUUUACCGAUACCUGCAGGAGUCGGGCUUCCUGCAUUCGGCCUAUGUGUUUGGCAUCGAGUCGCACAUCUCGCAGAGCAAUAUUAAUGGAGCGCUAGUGCCGCCCGCAGCCCUCCUCACCAUACUGCAGAAGGGCCUCCUGUACACGGAGGUGGAGUGGAGUGUGGGCGAGGAUGGUGAGGUGGCGCGACCCAUCGAGGGACUGUCUCUGAUUGACGCCGUUAUGCCGGAAGUGAAACCGCCGAAGCCCAUUAUCAAAACGGAGCCGGGCAAACCGGGGGCAGUGGACUCCUCGGCCCCUGCCGGUGCCAGCAACAACAACAGUAACGCCAAGCCCGAUAUAAAAAUUGAGCCUGGAACAGGGGCAACAGGCGCUGGAGCUGGUAACAAGUCCGGUACGGGCAGCACCACGGGCACCAGUACGCCCACGGAUCAGAAUAAUAGUGAAGUUGACUCCAGUGGGAACACGGCAAACAGCACGGGAGCUGCAUCAUACACUGGAAACAAUGGAGCCGGAGGCAAUCAAGCGACACCUGCCGGAGGCAAUAACACAGGUACACCGGCUUCCGGAGCGGAUGCUGCGACCACAGCGGCAGGUCAAAAGAAAGCCCAGAACUCCAAUGAGCCGGGAAGCUCGUCCGGCGGCAGUGCUGGCAACGCGAAUGCUACCAGCACCGAUGACGCGGCAUCUUCCACAUCGACAAACGGCAAUAGCAGCACCUCCAGCAGCGUAGAGCAACCCUCAAGUGGGGUGGCACCUACUGGCGGCGCUGUCUCCACCUCAAAUCCAGACUCUGCAGCAGCGGGCGGAGCAUCGGCAGCGGCAGGAGCCAAGGCAUCCAGCGGAGCGGUUACGAUUCGAGUGGGAGCUCAAGGAAACAACGUCCAAGCGGGUUCAACGUCUGCACAAAAUUCGGCGCCCAGUGGAACAAUCUCGUCGUCCACCGGUGGCGGUGGUGGCGGCGGCAGCGCAGGAGCCCCCGAAGCCCUUGUGCCCAUGGAUAUCGACGUAAGCAUUGAGAUUCCCGACUCUAAGGCUCGAGUGUUGCGAGGCCACGAGAGCGAGGUGUUUAUCUGCGCCUGGAAUCCGAGCAGGGAUCUCUUGGCCAGUGGAUCCGGGGAUAGCACUGCCAGAAUAUGGGAUAUGUCCGAUGCCAACACCAAUUCUAACCAGCUUGUGCUGCGGCAUUGCAUUCAGAAAGGCGGCGCCGAGGUUCCCAGCAAUAAGGACGUCACAUCUCUGGACUGGAACUGCGAUGGCUCUUUGCUAGCGACCGGAAGCUAUGACGGCUAUGCUCGGAUUUGGAAAACGGACGGACGACUGGCCUCCACUUUGGGGCAGCACAAGGGUCCGAUCUUUGCGCUGAAAUGGAACAAAUGUGGCAAUUACAUCCUCUCCGCGGGCGUGGACAAGACAACGAUCAUCUGGGACGCAUCCACGGGCCAGUGCACACAGCAGUUUGCCUUCCACAGUGCUCCGGCUCUGGACGUUGACUGGCAGACGAAUCAGGCGUUCGCCUCUUGCAGUACCGAUCAGCGGAUCCACGUCUGCCGGCUGGGAGUGAAUGAGCCCAUCAAGACCUUCAAGGGACACACGAAUGAGGUGAAUGCGAUUAAGUGGUGUCCACAGGGUCAGCUGCUUGCGUCUUGUUCCGACGACAUGACUCUGAAGAUCUGGAGCAUGAACAGAGAUCGUUGCUGUCACGACCUGCAGGCGCACUCCAAGGAGAUUUAUACGAUAAAAUGGUCACCCACAGGACCCGGUACCAAUAAUCCCAACACGAACCUAAUCCUCGCCUCGGCGUCUUUCGAUUCCACGGUGCGGCUGUGGGACGUGGAAAGGGGCAGCUGUAUUCACACGCUGACCAAGCACACGGAACCGGUCUACUCGGUGGCCUUCAGUCCGGAUGGAAAGCACUUGGCCUCCGGCAGCUUUGACAAGUGCGUGCAUUGGAGCACGCAGACUGGACAGUUGGUGCACAGUUACAAGGGCACCGGCGGUAUCUUCGAGGUCUGCUGGAACUCCAAGGGAACCAAGGUCGGAGCAAGUGCCUCCGAUGGCAGUGUUUUCGUCCUGGAUCUGCGAAAGUUCUGAUCGCAGGCGGAGAAGCUUGGCUUCGUCUACUGAGAAAACGCUUCUAUGGGCCCGAAGGU